AAUAUAGACUUUGAUCAGAACCCAAUCUAGCCAGACAGCUUCCCUCUCUUUUUCACAAUGGACUUCUUCCUCCUCCUCAGCUGCCUCAUCUUGACCCUCACCUUCCUCCGAUUCCUGACAAGAAACCCUCCGGCAGCCAAACUCCCGCCGGGCCCCUUCCGGCUUCCAAUAAUCGGCAACCUCCACAUGCUGGGCAACAAGCCUCAUCAAUCACUAGCCCAGCUCGCCAAGAUCCACGGGCCCUUGAUGAGCCUCCAGCUGGGCCGUGUCACCACCGUCGUCGCUUCGUCCCCAGACACUGCCAGGGAGAUUCUCCAAAAGCACGACAAGGUCCUCUCCGACCGCCACGUCCCUGCCGCCGCCCAAGUCCUCGACAUCCACAAAUUCGCCAUCCCGGCGCUUCCCGUGGGCCCCAGGUGGAGGAACCUCAGGAAACUGUGCAACUCGUACAUCUUUACGACCCAGAAGCUAGACAUGAAUCAGGACCACAGGAGGGUGAAGGUUCUGGACCUCCUCGAAGGUAUCCGGCGUCAUGCCGCCGAAAGGCCCGGAGUGGCGUUGGAUGUUGGGAAGGCAGCGUUCAAGGCCAGUUUGAAUGCUCUGUCGUCCACCAUUCUUUCGAUGGAUCUGGCGGACGUGGAGGAGGAGGAGAAGUCAUCGGGGACCGCGAGGGAGUUCAAGGAUCUGGUGAGGGAGCUGCUGGGAGAGAUUGGGUAGCCCAAUUUGGGAGACUAUUUCCCCGUUGUGGCGAGGUUGGACCUGCAAGGGAUACAAAGGCGGGCGGAGGGUCAUGCAAGGAAGAUGUUGAAUUGGUUCGAAUGGGUGAUCGACCAACGGCUGCGAAAUUUGAAGUCGGAGAGCUAUGUCUCGACCAACGACAUGCUCGACACGCUUCUCGCCAUGGGAGAUCUUGAUCAUCAUGACAACAAGCACGAGGAGGCUGCUGCUACAAUGGAUCCAUUAUGCAUCAAAUACUUGUUCUUGGUGAGACUAAUUAACUCUUACUCUAGCUCCUUUCAUUAAUUAUCAACCAAACUGUUUUAGCUAUAAGAUGGAGAUUUUAAUUACAGAGUGAUUAGGGGGAAAAGGUAUCACGAUAACAUUGCAAGUGUUGUUGUGAUCAUGUUAAUAGGAAAAGGUUAGGGCAAUUCCAUUUUUUUAGGAUGAUGCUAAUACUAGUUCGAAUCAAUAGAAACAUUUCGUUUAGAUAACUUUUUUAAUUUGAAAGAGUUGAUUACAAUUAAUAUGAGGGAAGGAUACGAACGAGGAUGGUGGUCAUUAAUUAAGAAUUGUGAAAGGGAAACUCACGUGUGUUAAUAAUUUGGGGAAGGGCUGUAUUAAUUGGAGAAAUGGGUGGGUGGCUACCAAACACAUAUCACAAACAUUAGAAAUGACCCCACAAUCUAACCACACCACAAAAUAACAACCACUCCACAAAUUCAUGAAGCAAACAAAUCUUAUGAAACACACCAGUAAGCAUACCACAAUUCUCAUAGAGCACACUACAAAUUUAUUAAAGCAUACCAAAUCCUAUGAAUCAUAUCACAAGUUUCUUAAAGCAUAACAUAAUAUAGGAGCUAUUUUAAAUUUUUUAAAUUUUAUAUAUCAAAAUGUAAGGAAAAAUAGGUACUAAAACAUAAUUUUCAUGAAUAUUUUCCUGAAUCGCUAUUUGUCGCCCUAAAAUUAAAAAAAAUCGCCCUAAACCAUACUAAAUUGACACAUAUACCCCUAACUUCAAACCUAAACCAUCGUCCCCAACCCCAAAGCCGCCGUUCGCCCAAAACUGCUCUCUGCCGCCGACCCAAUCACUGCUCCCGUCACCGCUGCUGCCACUAGAGUCGCUUCCCGCCGCCGUUGCUAUUUGUCGUUGUUGUUGACCAGGAGGACGGCGAACCCUUGAUCCGCCGCCAAAAGGAAGAAGAAGACGCAGCACAGCAAAAACAAUUUUUUCUUUUUGGUUGGCUUCCUCCUGGCGAUAGCCGACGUUGGUGUGUAGGCGAUUUUGAACCGGUUUCUUUUUUUUUUUAAUAAAUAUUGUGAUUUAUU